AUAAAUUCUUCUCUCAUUCAAGAGACAAGACAAACACAAUAACUCACACCAGUAGAGACGUGGAACUAUCAGCAAAAACACUGCUGCUCUAAAAACAGACUUCUGUUGAUUUGUGAGCAAGAUUGAAAGCCAUGGUGGACCAGCUGACAUCUGCUCAACAGAACCGUAAGCGGAUCCAUGCUGUUGAGAACUCAUUUGGGCCGUCGAAGAAGACCCUGUCACAGCCAGGCCGGAUCCUGAUCGGAGAAGGCAAGCUAAUGAAGCAGAGUCGCCGGGGUCCACAGCCUAAAGUCUUCUUUCUCUUCAAUGAUAUGCUGGUUUACGGGAGCAUCAUUUUGAACGGCCGGUGGCACAAAAAGCAGCAAAUCAUCCCUCUAGAGGACAUCCAACUGGAGGACCUGGAAGAUAGUGUUACAAUGAGGAACCAAUGGUUAAUCCGCACACCACGCAAGUCUUUCUUUGUGGCAGCUGCUUCCUAUGAGGAGAAGCAAGCCUGGAUGGAACAUAUAGAGGACUGCAAGUCAAGACUAUUGCAGAGUGAUAGCUACAGACCCAACUCAACCUUUGCCGUCACUUGGAUUCCUGACUCUGCCUCCGCGAUCUGCAUGCGCUGCUCCGACAAGUUCACCGUGACCCAGCGUCGACACCACUGCCGAAAAUGUGGCUUCGUGGUCUGCGGUGCAUGCUCCAAGAAGAGAGCAGUGAUCACACACAUUCACCCGACUAAGCAGUUGAGGGUCUGCACCAGAUGUCACCCCAGUCUUAUGAUGACAGAGGAAGAGGCCCAAGAGUCAUGCCGUCUGAGGGGCGACAGCACUGGGAAAACAGGUUCAGAUGAAGAUGACCUGGAGGUGUCCAGUCAAGAAGACGAGGCAGAGGAGAGAAUGGAAGAUCAUGAUCCCAGCAAGUGGAUGGACCCCCAGACAGGCUCCUGGUCUCCCUAUGUCUACUUAAAACCAGAGCACUUGAGGCCCCAAAAAUAAACACACCAAGAAUGCUCAGGCAGAAGCUGGUGCUGGACUUUAGGCCCUUGCUUAACAUAGACUCAGUGCACCGUGGAAAUGUGGACACAAUGCCUUGUAGCAUUGUGCAGUAGCAGCUAGUUUAAAGACAUUCAAGACAAUAUUUUGUCCAUAUAUAUAUAUAUUUAUUUAUUUAUGUGAAAACUGCUCUUUUCAUUUUGUGCAAAAACACUACUGCUGUGAAGUCGUCACUUUAUUUUCUGAUCAUGUUCUCUCUGUGUCCUCAGACGUUUUUGAAUCGAAUGCUUGAGAUAGACCUCAGUCUGCCAUGCUGUGUUUAUAUUUAAUUCAGUUUGUUAGUCUAGUUUGUAUGUGUCACUGUCAGUGUGAACUUAGUAUCAUCCUUAUGUCCUUGAAAUGAACAAUAAAGCAUGUACAAACCAGAUAAA